ACAGAAGAAAAGCUUGGCCAGGCAGAGAAGACAGAAUUGGAUGCUCACUUAGAGAACCUCCUUAGCAAAGCUGAAUGUACCAAAAUAUGGACAGAAAAAAUAAUGAAACAAACUGAAGUGUUAUUGCAGCCAAAUCCAAAUGCCAGGAUAGAAGAAUUUGUCUAUGAGAAACUGGAUAGAAAAGCUCCAAGUCGUGUAAACAACCCAGAACUUUUGGGACAAUAUAUGAUUGAUGCAGGGACUGAGUUUGGCCCAGGAACAGCUUAUGGUAAUGCCCUUAUUAAAUGUGGAGAAACACAAAAACGAAUUGGAACAGCAGACAGAGAGCUGAUUCAAUCAUCAGCCUUAAAUUUUCUCACUCCAUUAAGAAACUUUAUAGAAGGAGAUUACAAAACAAUUGCUAAAGAAAGGAAACUAUUACAAAAUAAGAGGCUGGAUUUGGAUGCUGCAAAAACCAGACUAAAAAAGGCAAAAGCUGCAGAAACUAGAAAUUCACAACUAAAUUCAGCUCGCCUUGAAGGAGAUAACAUUAUGGUAAAUUUCUCUUACAUGCUCAACUUCCUGCAUGUAAAAUGGCUGAAGAUAUGGGCAGAAGAAGUGACAAAAUCUGAGCAGGAAUUAAGAAUAACUCAAAGUGAGUUCGAUCGUCAAGCAGAGAUUACCAGACUUCUGCUAGAAGGAAUCAGCAGUACACACGCCCAUCAUCUCCGCUGUCUGAAUGAUUUUGUAGAAGCCCAGAUGACUUACUAUGCACAAUGUUACCAGUACAUGUUAGACCUCCAGAAACAACUGGGAAGUUUUCCAUCCAAUUAUCUUUGCAACAACAAUCAGACUUCUGUGACACCUAAUCCAUCUGUUUUAUCAAAUGCAAUUGGUUCUUCUGACAUGGCUUCAACAAGUGGCCUAGUAGUCAACUCUCCUUCCAACCUCAAUGACCUUAAAGACUGUAGUGGCAGCAGGAAGGCCAGGGUUCUUUAUGAUUAUGAUGCUGCAAACAGUACUGAAUUAUCACUGCUGGCAGAUGAGGUGAUCACUGUGUUCAGUGUCGUUGGGAUGGAUUCAGACUGGCUAAUGGGGGAAAGGGGAAAUCAGAAGGGCAAGGUGCCAAUUACUUACUUAGAACUGCUUAAUUAAAUAGGUGGACUAUGCAAAGAUUACUUAUCAUGACAUCAUAUUUAUACACAGUUAACCUCUAAAUAAAGCAGGUUUAAGUAUCUUCCAUGUUAAUGUCUUCAGAGACUGAAAAGAAAAUUACCAGCCAUCAGAAACUGGCCUUUCUGCCGAUAAAGUUGCAUGGUAAAUAUUUCAUUACAGAAUUUAUGUUAGAGCUUUCAUGCCAAGAAUGUUUUCUUUUAAAAUUCUCUUUACUGAGGCUUCACUAACAAGCAGCUUCUACUUUUGAGCCCAAACUUAAGGCAGAAGAACUGUUUUCUACUGAAUUUUUCAUUAACGGCAAGCUUUUUCUUUUAUGUAAAAUAAACUUAUUGUGAAUUAAUAUCAGUGACUCAUCUAUUAGGUAUAAUUAUUAGCCAAAGAAUAAAAUUGAAAAUUGUUUUAAA